AUGCCGGCCCAGGUCUUCCACGACGAGCAUUACCGCUACCUCUACAAGAAGAGGCUUAGGAGCAUCCAGUGGAACGACAUUGCGCCUGGUUUCAACAGCCGCUAUGGACCGCUCAAGAACGGCGGCACCGAGGAGUUCGACGGUCGCGGUCUCAGUGCGCAGUGGCACCAGGGUGUCAAGUACGGGAAGAACAAGUACGGCGUUGGCAAGUACUUGAAGAAGCUUGAGAAGGCGCUUGCCAAGACGGACCACUCCCGUCGCUCGACCGCAGCCGUGAAAGCUGCUCAGGCGCCCGCUCGCCAGGCCUACUACCAGUUUAUGUCCAACACUGCCGCCGAGGUUCGCGAGGAGGCUGAGGAGAAGAACGAGCGUCCCAGCGGCUUCGACGUCCAUUCGCACGCCAACAAGGCCUACAAGGACUACAAGGAGAAGACCUCGCACUCGUCGCGCCACGACAACCACAAGCAGCUCGGCGAAUCGACCUCGAGCACCGUCCCCGCGCGCGACGGACCGGUCGUCGGCUCCUCCUCCUUCCGCAGCCACAGGCACCAGUUGGCUACGCAGAAGAAGAUCAUCCAAGGCGCCUUCGACCACCCCGACGACAUCGGCCAGACGAGCGAGACCGGCGACGGAAUGUCGACUCUCGACGCGCUCCUCGGUUGA